AUGCUCACCGGUGACGUCGUCAUCACAGGCGGAGACAUCUACGUGGAGAGCAAGAACAUCAAGUGGUACUUGAAAUCCGUAAGCAAUUUUUUUUGUGAUUGGGGAGACUGUGUGAAUGUUAUCAUUGUAUUAUGUUCUCUCUUAAAGUCAUUUGCGGUCUAAACGGACCCAGUCCAAACAGCAGGGGGUUCGGAAGUUCAAUCCCCAACCAAAGCAAAGGACAAGCAACACAAACAAGAAAACAACAUCCCCAGGCACCCCGGGAUGGAUGUGACUCGCUAGCCUUGGACGGCCACUCAUCUAACUCUGAAUUCAAACAAGGAGCCAGAAUGACCAAAAAGUUGUUAGUGGGCCCUCAAAAUAUAGAGCAAAAAAUGUCUGUAAUUUAUACCGGAUAGCUUUGACAAAAUUAAUACCCCCCCCCACCCCCGCACAGUGAAUUUUUUUCCGGCACGUUAACACUUUAUUAUAUUUUUAAAGACUCAGUAGAAUUGGGAUCUCUCUUUGUUUCCAUCGGUAGAUUCAGUCCAGAAUGGGCUACUGUCCUCAGUACGACGCACUCCACGACCUUCUGACCGGUCAGGAGACACUCUUCUUGUACGGGCGACUCAGGGGCGUGCCAGAAAAAGAACUUCCGGUGGUGACAGCUCGUGUCGUCACAUUUGUCAAUCUUAGUCCACAUGAGACAAACCUUACCCGUGGAUACAGGUAGAUACAGGUGGAUACAGGUGGAUACAGGUGGAUACAUGUGGAUACAGGNUAUAAAUGUAUGAAAACUAAGUGUUUACUAUAUGAAAAUAAAAUGUAUUUUAAUCUGCAAAGGAAGUGCCCAUGCCUCCAUAUAAAACGCGGGGGGGGGGGGCAGAAUAUAGUUUUUGGCAAACCUUUUGUCUUGUCUAAUAAUAUAUGUGCUUUCAGACACAUUUGUCUUGGCAAACCUCCCUAAUGUCUAUGUUCUUUUUGAAGCAAUUGUCUUGGCAAACCUCGCUAACAUCUAUGUGCUUUCAGACGCCAUUGUCUUGGCAAACUUCACUAAAAUCUAUGUGGUUUCAGAUGCUAUUGUCUUGGCCAACCUGACCAAAGUGUACGUCUACGGCCCUUGCAUGACACUAACAGCUGUGAAGGCCGCCUCGCUGGGCAUCCCGCCGAAAGAAUGCUUCGGAAUGCUCGGCCAGAACGGCGCCGGCAAGUCGACGAUCUUCAAAAUGCUGACUGGCGAUACACUCAUAUCCUGUGGAGAGAUAUAUGUGGAGAGUAAGAACAUCAAGUGGUAUUUGAAAUCCGUAAGUGCCUGGUGAUGAGGUGUUACACUACGUUUUCUUUGUAGUACACCAUACUGCUUGUCACAGUAUGCCAAAGUGUGUUGGUUUGAAAGGCCACGGGUGUUGUUUAAAACUUGUUUAAAAAUAACGUCAUGUUAUUUUCGAUAAUAACCAAAACUAUGGGAAAUUUAAUUACUCCAAAAAAUGAUUGCUGCCAUUAAUAUAAUGCACUUCAUGAUCUUCUAGCUCAGUGUUUCUCAACCUUCCUAAUGCCGUGACCCUUUCAUGCAGUUGCUCAUGUUGCUGUGACCCCCAACCAUAAUUUUUUUUUUGCUACUUCAUAAAUGUGUGUUUUCCGAUGGUCUUAGGCAAACCUGUGUAAGGGUCGUUCGACCCCCAAAGGGGUCGCGACCCACUGGCUGAGAACCGCUGUCCUAGAUGCUCGUCUAUUACUUGUCCGUCUAUCCGUAGAUUCAGUCCAGGAUGGGCUACUGUCCUCAGUACGACGCACUCCACGACCUUCUGACCGGUCAGGAGACACUCUUCUUGUACGGGCGACUCAGGGGCGUGCCAGAAAAAGAACUUCCGGUGGUGACAGCUCGUGUCGUCACGUUUGUCAAUCUUCAUCCGUACGAGGGACAAAAGACACAUACCUACAGGUGAGCAGUGACACUUACAACAGGUCAGCAACGACACUUACCUACAGGUUAGCAACGACACUUACCGACAGGUGUGCAAAUACACUUACCUACAGGUGAGCAAAUACAUUUACCUACAGGUGAGCAAAUACACUUACCUACAAGUUAGCAACGACACUUACUGACAGGUGUGCAAAUACACUUACCUACAGGUGAGCAAACACACUUACCUACAGGUGAGCAAAUACACUUACCUACAAGUUAGCAACGACACUACCGACAGGUGUGCAAAUACACUUACCUACAAGUGAGCAAAUACACUUACCUACAGGUGAGCAAAUACACUUACCUACAGGUUAGCAAAUACACUUACCUACAGGUGAGCAAAUACACUUACCUACAGGUGAGCAAAUACACUUACCUACAGGUGAGCAAAUACACUUACCUACAAGUUAGCAACGACACUUACCGACAGGUGUGCAAAUGCACUUACUUACAAGUGAGCAAAUACACUUACCUACAAGUUAGCAACGACACUUACCGGCAGGUGUGCAACGAAACUAAUACAAUUUCUUGAGCAGUGCGAUCUUCUACGGUACAAUGUUGUCUUCAAAUGGUGGUGUGUCUCAACAGCAUGUACUGUCUUGACUUGUCUCGAGUGUAUUUAGUGUCUUGGUGGUAUAUAAUGUAUCGCUAUUAUGUUCUGUCUUAAUUCUUUCAUGCUUUUUCUUGUUACUAUCCUUUGUUAUAAUUUGUUUAUUUACUAAAAGUUAAAUAAAAUCACUUUAUGGUUAGAGACGUCACAUACAGAUACUGUAAACCAUGGGCAGUUCCCUCAACUUUAUCAAAGUUUUAGUAAGAUGGGGGCUAGAAUUAAUUUUCUCAAUUAUUUGUCACAUUGCAUCACGCCAGGGGUCUGCAAACUUUUUUUACCCGCGGGCCGUAGUUUGGAGACCCCUGCAUCACGCCAUAGUGUGAAAACCAGAAUGGGGGGGGGUGGACCUCCCUCUCCUCACCCCUCCCCUUCCUACGCCACUUAACGCAACUACAGCAUGCCAACUACAGACCCAUGCUACAUAUAUGACAUACCUCACACUCAUACACCACUCAGGGUCUACUAGACAAUCAAGCUACACACAUGAUCUACUUCACACUGACCCAAAACACAUGAAAUCAGUUUUCCUUGCCCUAGUAUUUAAAAUAUGGCACUUUCAUCCCCGGAAAUGGAAACAAGCACUUUCAUCUCCGGAAAUUGAAACAAGCACUUCCAUCUUCGGAAAUGGAAACAAGCACUUUCAUCUCCAGAAAUGGCCACAAGCACUUUCACCUCUGGAAUUGGAAACAAUUAAAUUUAAAACAACAAACUCAUCUUAACUUGAUUGCUGAUCCCCCCCCCCCUAAGAAGGAAGACUGUGUGGACUUGUAAUCGUUAUUCCCCCCUCCCCCCUUGACAGUGGUGGAACAAAAAGAAAACUUUCGAUUGGUAUUUCGGUUAUUGGAGACCCGGCCUUCAUCAUGCUGGAUGAACCGACAGCCGGAAUGGACCCAAUCUCCAGACGGACAGUUUGGGAUGUCCUACACUUGAUCCGAAAGUCUGGUCGAACGCUCGUCCUCACUUCACACAGGUAAUUAUUGGUGAAACACUCGAUCCUCCUUAUUAAACAUCGGUAAUUGUUGGCCGAACAAUCGAUCCUCCUUAUUGAACAUAGUUCAUUGCUGGUCCAUAACACCUCCUUACUUCAGUUGUUUAUUGAUAAGUAACAGAAAUUGCAGUUUUUAUUUUUUUUUUAAUAACCUAACAAUCGGACUUUUAAAGGAAAAAAAAAGAAUGGCUUUUAAGCUAGAAUAAUAAGGUUUCCUUCGGGCGUGUUCACGGUGUAUGGAUCUCUCAAAGGUCUUUGUCCUUGCUGAUUGUAUAAAUAAAGAUGGAUCUAUAUUUUUUUACAAAAUGAAAAAUGCCAUAAUAAACCGACAGCCAUGGCUACUUAUUUUAUUCAACUUGCUACCACAAUAAACCAACUGACAGCCAUGGCUACUUAUUUUAUUCAACUUGCUACCACAAUAAACCAACUGACAGCCAUGGCUACUUAUUUUAUUCAACUUGCUACCACAAAUCUCGCAAAGACUAUAUCAUUUCACCCAACUUUUUUGGCUAGGUCGCCUCUGCCAACAAGAUGAAGACUUUUUAGAUGGGGGGGGGGGCAAUGGAUUGAUGGACUUCUUCCGCUAAAGAUCUUAUCCCGCGAGUGACCUUAUUUCAGCAGUUAUUCGUAUAAGUACACUCAUGCGUCAUGAAACGUUUGAAUAUCGUUUACACCAAAAUAAGGGCAGAACAAGGUCAUACCUACCUACCACCCUCACAAUGUGAUUGUCCAAAAAUAUUCGUGAAGAAUUGUGGCGUACUUCUUGCUGGCCUCGACAUCAAAUGGGGCACUCCUCACCCCUUCCACCCAUUGUCUUCAGGUGGGAUCAGAAUAUGUUUUUUUUUUCUAGUUCGCAGUCGCCUCCGAACAGACUUGUCUCACGUGGGGACUUAACCAUGUUCAAUAUACAUUUUUAGUAAUCGUUAUGUCACAACAGUAACUCAAUUCUAUCCCCUCUGGUCUCGCACGGCUUUCACUCAAACAGUCUGAUAAACAGUGGCUCAAUAUUUCAGCCUGAUUUUUUAACGUUCAUCUGGGAUUGAACAUAUUUCGAACAAAUUAAAAAAAAAAAAAUGAUAAUAAUAAUUUAAAAAGCUAGAAAGUUCUUUAAAAACCUGUGACUAUGGCAUGCCAGGAAAAAAUAUUGGAUAGUGUUAUGUUAUGAUGUUAUACCAUCUCUCUUCAUCUCGUGUGUGUUCAAUCGUUGUAGCAUCUGAUUUUGUCCACAUUGUCUGGUGUGUCGCUUUAACGCUGUGUGUGCCGUAUUAACGAUGCCCCCACCCCCCGCCCCCCCCAACGUUUCAGCAUGGAGGAGUGCGACGCCCUUUGCACGCGUAUAGCCAUCAUGGUGCAGGGGAAAAUCAUGUGUCUGGGCAGCCCCCAGUAUCUGAAGAACAAGUACGGCCAAGGCUUCACCGUCAUCUUGUACGCCAAACACGACGAGGAGGGGAAGACGAUUAAAUGGGACGAAACCAUCGAGUUCAUUAAAAAGACGUUUGCAGGGUCAGAGGUCAGGUUACCCACAAGUUUUUGGGGGAUUUUUUCAGCUUUAUUAUUAUUUAUUUUUUAAAAAUAAAUUUAAGCUUCUAAAAAAAUGUCAUUGAAAGGUCACCGUGACAUGAGAAAUACAAGUAAGAGACAAGGCGCCGAGUUAUUUGAAUGGUCAUAAAGAAGAAGACAAAAGUGCACUGUUGACGCAAUAAUUUUUUUCAUUAAGUUGAAGUCAAUGACAUUUUACUGAGUUGGGUAUCAUGGAACUAUAAGGAGUGGAGAUUCGAUAUAGCAUUCGAUUUCCUUGGUUCUCAAGUCUGUACCCAAUACAAAGCCAGUUAACCGAAUUUCUUCUGUCUUGUCAAUACUAUCAAUGAGAUGAAUCUGUUAUAAGUUGUCUGUAUUGAACUGACUUAGUUAUGUUUUAUGUAUUAAACUGACUUAAUUAUAUGUUGUCUGCAUAAACUGACUAAGUUAUAUGUUGUCUUUAUUGAACUGACUUAGCUAAGGGGUUAAAUAAUAGUAUAAGUUAAACACAAUAUCUAAAAACCGACCUAUGUCUUAUAAUAUCGGAAUGAUGUGCUUAUUAAAAAAAUAAUGAUUAGAAAUCGAAUGUCAGGCCAAGUAUUCUUCAUCCAACAGGUAUUCAACCAGAUGGACACCUACGUGCACAUGCAGGUUCCCCAGAAAGGAAGAUCGCUUGCUGAUAUCUUUGAAAUUUUGCAAGAAGCUCAGGGUAAAUUCGGGUUUUCCCGAUAUACAGUGC